AUGGAGCUUGUGGAUCAUCAGCCAGUGAUACCAACCCGAAUCCUCCAGAGAGAAUGGGAACACAAUGAGUUCGUGGACUAUGACAGCAAAGAGAAAAGAGAGAGACUUGCCCCUGCCCCCCGCAGGCCCCUCUUGUUCCGUUCUGCCAACGCAGCAGCAGCCCUCCACUAUAUAGACCGCCCGCCGCGGCCCCACACACUGAGCUCGCACCGUCCGCCUCCACCAGCCAGGGGGAAGAUCACCUUCUAUGAGGACAGGGGCUUCCAGGGCCGCCACUAUGAAUGCAGCAGUGACCACUCCAACCUGCAGCCCUACUUCAGCCGCUGCAACUCGGUGCGCGUGGACAGCGGCUGCUGGAUGCUCUAUGAGCAGCCCAACUACUUGGGAGGCCAGUAUUUCCUCCGGCGGUGGGACUACCCCGACUACCAGCAGUGGAUGGGCCUCAGCGACUCGGUCCGCUCCUGUCGCCUCAUCCCCCACGCUGGCUCCCACAGGAUCAGACUGUAUGAGAGGGAAGAAUACAGAGGCCAGAUGGUAGACAUCACUGAGGAUUGCCCCUCUGUUCAUGACCGCUUCCACUUGAGUGAGAUUUACUCCCUGAACGUGCUGUAGGGCAGCUGGGUCCUCUAUGAGCUGCCCAACUACCGCGGAUGGCAGUACCUACUGAGGCCGGGGGAAUACAGGCGUCACCUCGACUGGGGCGCUAUGAAUGCCCGAGUGGACUCUUUGCGGAGGGUCAUGGAUUUCUAUUGAAAUGUGUUCUCCUUCAUUGUUUUUCAAUCUGGAAACUAAUAAAAUAUUUUCUUUGUGUUCCUGGCA